AUGGAAGUAUUAGUUUCUAGAAAGUUAUAUGUCCGCUUGUGCUAUCCGAGAACGCCUUCGGUCGGACGAGAAUUGUCUUCGGCGGCUCCCUUGUUCGCCAACCCUUUAGGAAUUGGAAUCGGAACGCCCAUUGUGAAUCCGAGUGUGGUUGUCGAUAGCGGAAUGUCGGUUUCUGAAGCUGGAGGCCAAUCCGUGUCGAGCGGAAGCUAUGGCGGUGGCGGUGCGAGCUCUCCCACUGCUGCAUGGACAAGAUUUAGAGCGCAAGCCAAUAUGUGGAUGGCUUUGGCUGAGCUCUUUCUUGCUGAAGGUCGUUUAAGUGAAGUUGCACCAUGUGUGGAGCAAGCAACCACUCUUUUUCCUCAUGCCCAUCAGGCAUUUUACCUAAAGGGUAGAUUGUUCAUGGCAAGAGCUGAAAAAGCAACUGAUGAAGCAACAGCUCUGAAAUUCCGGAGUGAAGCGAAUGCAUCAUUACUCUCAGCACUAGCCCUUUGUCCAUCCCAUACACCAAGUUUGUUUCAUCUUGCCAAGCUGUAUACAUCUGAGGGAAACACUGUUAUGGCUGAACUAAUGUACAAGGAAUUGGUGCGUGUUGAUCCACUAAACUGCCAGUGGUGGCAGAAUCUUGGUUGUUGCCUCAUGCGUCGAGGCAACGCUGUUCAAGCCAUGGAUUGCUACGCCGCAGCUUCUCAGCUCGACCGCUCCACACCACUCGUCCCGUUCGCUUCCAUACCUCUCGCUUUUCCAUCAUCAGUUUGA